AUGGCCUCUUUUCUUCUCAUCCACCUCUUCCUCCUGGCUUCUCUCCUCACAAUUUUACCCCACCCCAGUACUUGCGGAAUUCCGGCAUCCACCACCACGCCGGCUCCCCGCCUCGUCCACCAAGAAUAGCUCAUCGCUCCGCCGGAAACCCCUCAUUCACUCCCCAACGCAGUUUCUCCCGAAGCCUUUCUCCUUCCACCGACCGAAGACGCCUGGCGCCUCCCACCUACGGGGCUCUUCUCUCGUCUGCAUCUUCGUCCUCGCCGGGUUCUGCUGGGCCGGCAGGGAGUGGAGAUUCAUCCAUGAUCCAUCUAUACGCCCGAACUUGGAGUGAUUCUGCCCCUUCUGUUGGGAUUGAGGGUCUAAGAGAGACCGUCUGAGUUCUUCAAAUGCUAGAAAUGCCAUUGGUGGUGAAGCAGUAUCGCUGCACGCAUUCCGUGACCUGUGUUUGCCUCAAGGGGCACAUCAGUGAGGAUGCCCUUUUCUUUGUUUUCCGCCACAUGAACUGGAACCCGAGGAUGAUCGCCCUCAUCUCCUGCACGUGCAAGUGGUUCGACGAGAUUGCCAGGCGUGUGCUCUGGAAGGAGUUCUGCCAUGCCAGGGCACCCAAGAUGAUGCAGGAUUUGCACUCGGAUGGCAGCCAUAUCGUUGAUGGCAACUGGAAGGCGCUAGGGAGACUUCUUAUUCAUUGCUCAGGGUGCACCAGGGGGGGCCUGUUUGGUAACGUCCAUGUUCCAGGACAUUUUGUUUUGAAGACCCGUUUUUCGAGGACUUCCGGCAAGAGCUUCUUGCCUCCGCAUUGCAGAACGGAUGUGCUGUAUGUUUCGGAUCCUUGUGAGCAUGUCGACGAGGAUGAGGAAGUUGACCUGGGAUUUUUCCGGGGCAUCUUCAAGUCAUUUGCUGCUUCAAAGUUCAAAAAGGUGCUUAUUGAGAAGAAAGCAGAGAUCCAUCCAAGGGAGGUGUGUCCUUACUGUAAAGCAAAGCUAUGGGAUUUGUUGCAAGCAAAUCUGAUACCCAGAACUGCUGCCUUAAGGCUUGAUGCUUAUGAUGAUUCUGUUGAGUAUUAUAUAUGCCUUAAUGGACACAUCCUUGGUUUAGGCACUCUGAUGCCUGUCUCGGAAUCUGAGGAUGCAAGGGAGGAGUAACUGCCAAAACUUGAAUCAGGUUAUUGCCCAUAUCGAUGGAUUGUGAAUCUUGUACAGAGGAUCUCCCUUUCAACAUGGAGCGCCGCAACAACUUAAGGAUGCUGUUGCAUAGGAUCAGUGUGACAACAUUCCAUGGUCGCUGGUAGAGAAGCCGUUUCCUUAGUUAUUGACACCUCAUUAAGGAUAUCUUGCAUAGUAUUUCCCUGCUUGUAGCUGGUUUGUAGCAUGAAGUGACUUUCCAAUGUACUAAGUUUUCUUGUAUGCAAUGCAUGUUGCCCAGUAGGCUGAAAUGACAGUUCUUCAUUUCUGUUUUCGGAUCGUUAGUUACCAUGUUAGUUCUACAAUUUGACUGGUGCUAUCGCAUGUACGAUGGUUUUUC